GUUAGGGUUAGGGAUAAGGUUAGGUUUAGGGCUGGAAUACAUGGCUGGAAGGUCUAUUACCGCGGGACCGUCAUUCCACUGGAAUUCAUCCAUAACCCGCCGCGUACCAUCAGAACGCGGCAGGUCACCUUUCGCGUUCCUCACGAACGCCGCGGGACGUGACAAAACGUCGGUAUGCUACGCCCUGGGAGUGUGCUGCACAGCCUUUCAAAGCAGUGACGGUCCCCGGCCCUCCUGCUGAGCCUCCUCCUGUGGGGACAGAGGAGGUGCGGACUGCUUUCAGCACUACAGACCGCGAGACGUCGCCCGACGCUGCAGUAAUCCAGCCGGAGAUGAGAUUAGGUUACAGGGGGUUGAUAUCAAUCUCGUCCCCCGGGUUAAAAUCUGGUACCCAUUAGAGAUAAUUUCAAAGGUUGGGGAAGGUGGAGGGGAGCACCGCGACAUUUCUGCCCAGUUUCUGUUUUGCGUAUUUAGGCUCAUAUCUCAUGUCCUUCAAGGAUUUAAAAAAUAAUUUUAAUAUCAGCCUCCCUGCGGUAAUAGAUUAAACAUGCUGUUUGGGGAUGUGUUAUCAUCUGAUUUAUCACGGCAGCCCCACAUUCCUGCAAAACACUGCAGAGUAUUUUCCAUUGCUUCCACAGAACAGGAGAGAAUCCUGCAGGAAAAAAUAGCAGGCAUACAAAAACUAAAAUCAAAAACUUACAGAUUCAAGAAAAAGUCUUAUGGCUGCUUGAGAGCUGUACUUCAAAGGUAGAAAAAAGUUUGCAUGACCCAGUUGUAUGGAUAAAUUAGUGAAAAACUAUAAAUAUGCAUUUUUAUUGCCAUGAUGUCUAAAUGAGCUUUGUUUGAUAAAGCACAAUAACACCCUCAUGACAAAAUGGCUAUAUAGAUGGUUGUACUUCCUCUAGAAAUAACUUUUUUUGCUGAGAAGUGUCCGCUGUUUAUCCAAAUUAGACUGUAAGGUUCACUGGGGGCCAUUUUUCUUUAACUCUUCCAGGUGUUGUGAUAAUUCCUGGACACUUCCUGUAUCCACAGUCUUCAGAUCACUGAUCAAACACAGAGCUCCAGCUGCAUCCUCCCAGACUAACAAGGAACAUCAAAGAAAUGAGACAGGCCCACUCUUGCGUCUUCACAGUCCAGCUCCAGGUGUGCGGCUGGAAUUUUCCAUCAGGAUCUUGAGUCUACCUGGUAUCGCCCCUGGGCAGGGACAUCUUCUCCUUUGCAGUUCUACACACUUGGAGCUGAUUGCAGGCAAUCAAGCCAGAGUGAUUUAAGCCUCACGCUGACGUUCAGUCACUGCCGGUUUGUCAUCAACUCAUGUUGGUAACCAGCUUACAUGUUUCAGGCUCUCCUUGUGAUUUACUCUGCUAACCUUGUUUUCUUGUGCCACAGUUCCUGGACUCACCUUGACUCAAACCUCAAGCUUAAGCUCCUCUUUUGGACUCAGGAUACCUUACCCAAUCUUGGAAAUCACUCUGUGCCUCACCUGCCUGCCCUUCCGCUAUCACGCCAUCAGGAACCUUCAGAUCUCAGGUCAGCCAUCCCACACCGUCACUCCACCUGCAAUAUGACUGCUAAACUGCUACGUUCCAGUGUACAUCAGUUCCCCCCUCUCAAUCCACGUCAAGCUAGCCAUGUAAACGAGGCCUCGCCACGUCAAGUCCUGUGUUUUAGUGCCUCUGUCCUUAUCACAUUUUGAGGUUAACCAAUAAACAUCAUAAAACGUUCUGCUGUCUCUGCUCUGGGUUCCUACACUUGAGUCCAGUUUUUGUACCAAGCUUCCGGUCUUAUGACACACUAUUUUUAAGUAUGAUGACUUCCAGGAUCAGUGCACUAGUUUCCAGUUUUCUCUGUGUGGAUGGAAGACAGAUCGGUAAUGAACUAAAGGAAACGUCUGAAUACCUUGAGGCAGGAUGUGGAGGUUUCUUGCUCAGAUUCUCUUCAUCGCUGAAGUCAUGCUCUGUGCCGCCGACUCUCCUCCGAUCAGCGAGGAAACACUGAAAAGGCUUUCCGCAGCUGGAGAGCAGUAUGUUGAUGAGGAACUAAAGGGAACUUUGCUCGGAGUGAAGCAGGUGAAGGAAAUGAUGGAGAAGAAAGAAGAGAAGCACAGGCACCUGAUGGAUGCACUGAGGCACAGCAGUGAUAAGAAGAAGGGGGUGAUGCAGCUGGCCAAAGAAACACAGCAAAAACUCGAGGAAGCCGAACAACAAUGUCAAGAUUUAACCAAAUCUUCCUUUGGGGAGUGCCGACCAUGUUUGGAAGAUUCUUGUAAGGCCUUCUAUACAUCUACGUGUCGCCGCGGCUUCGCCUCUUUCUCGUUCAAGGUAGACGAGUUUUUCAGGAAAAUGGCCACUAAGUUAGAAGAUGCCGAGCAGGUCCACAAUAAAAAUGAGGAGAAUUCAGGUGGAAGUGUCGCAGCUGAAAACCAGGUCACAGAGGACAAAUCCAAUAUGGAGCUGCUGCAGGCUGAAGCAUCAUUCAGCGAGCUGUUGUCAAACAUCAGCCUUUUGUACAACCAGAGCAUUGGUCUGGCCAAGAAGAUGCAACCUGUGUUUGGUCACGCCUUUCUAGAAACCUUCGCUACUGAGCUCCAAUCCAGCACGCUUUCGACCAGAGGGUCAAGCUCUGGCUUCCUUGGGUCGGUGGGUUUGGAGCACGUUCUUCACUCAGUGCUUGACUUUGGGAAGAGCAUGGUGGGAGGCUUCAGUGCCCCAGUGGCUGAUUUGUUUGAGGAGAUAAAAGAAGCUGAAGAGUACGUUCAGCAAUCAAGUCGAGAUACAGGCUCGUUUUCUGCAAUGGGACCACUGCAGAGCGGAUAUAUGUGCAGGAGACUCCGCAGACAAGCAUCAGAGUGCUGGAAGCUUCAAGACCUGUGUGAGACGUGCAGGGAUUAUCUGUUAAACGCAUGCCCCAGCGUGCAGCAGUUGCACUCUGAGAUGGAGGAGAUGUACAUGCUGCUGAACGCCUCCCUUCAGCAGUAUGACGGCAGGCUGCAGCUGGUCCACAGACACACGGCAGACACUCAGAUGUGGCUCAGCAGCAUGCAUGACAAGUAUGGCUGGGUCAGCCAGCUGUCCAACAGCACAGUGGACCCACACAGCAUCUUCAGUGUGAUAUUGGUGAGUCCACAGCAACAGAUAAAGAAUAACAAGCCUAAAGCAGACAGCAGUGUCACUGUCUCCGUAAUGGAUUCAGCCCCAGUAACCAUACUGGUCCCAGCAGAUCUGGAGGUGGAUGACCCUGCUUUCAUCCAAAAUGUUGCUCAAGAGGCUCUGACACUAUAUAAACGGCAGAUAAAAGGAAUGGAGUAAUGUGAUCAUACCACCAUGGGAACAGUUUCUUUAUGCAGAGUGAAGAGUCCAGGACAUUCAGGUUUUCUCAUGCACAAUUAAGCUGAUCUGUAUAAUACUUGAAAAUGCACCGCAUAGACCUCUAAAUCUUUAUAUGCACAGUUUAUGUUGUUCUUGUUCAUGUAUUUGGAUGCUUAGAUUUUUAAACGUCUACGCAAUAAAACAAUGUACACUCCUCAAACCUCUAUUUUGUUUGUUAUUUAUGUCACGAGUACUUUUGAAUUUAGUUUUUGAAUCAGUAGUACUUCGUAGUAUGUUUUGUUUACA